CUCAUUAAUGCAAUGGAAGUCGAAAAUUUUUUAGGAAUUUUCUAGUCUUAGUGAGGAAAUAUCACAGGCUCUUAGUACGAUUGUUGUUAGUAGCGAGAUCCUGACAAAAUCAAAUAAUACCGAUCAGAUGAUGAAUAGUAAUGUUGGAUUUAAAGAAGUGAAAGGGAACACAGAUUUUACACAGAAUAUGAAAGGAUUGAAGAAUUUUGUUUUAAAUCGAUUAUCGACUACAGAAAAAGUGAUUUCUAGCAGUGAUAAACAGAUAUCAUCACCUGUGCUUUCUACUGGUAUUAAGAAAAAGGUUUUCUCAGUGGCACCAGAUAUUGUUGGUAAAGUGACAAACAGUACUGUUGGUCUCAAUGAAGGUGAUUUUAAUUUUCUGAUGAAAAAGGAGUGCCAUUUAGAAAUUGUAGAAAAGAAUAUAGAUUUGUCAUGGAAUUUAAAAGAAUUGAAAAAAGACGCUACUGAUGAAGAAUUUUCUAGCAUUAUUGAUGAUAUAUCAGAGGCUCUUAGUACUGUUUUAAUUGAUAAAGAGCUUCUAGAAGCAUCUAGUAUUACCGACAAAGUAAUGAAUAGUACUGCUGGAUUUAAAGAGGAAAUGAAUACAGAGACGCCAAGCAAUUCAAACGAAUCUAAUAGUUUCGUCACCUUUUCCACUUAUGAUGAUAAAAAGGCAAUGAGUCAUCUUGAAGAACGUGUAUCCAGUUCUGGGUCGGAAAAUGUUAAUGCUGCCACAUGCAACUUUUAUGGUAAUUUUGUUGAGUUCUUAGAUGACGUACCAACACCAGAAUCGUUAUUUGACUUUGAUAAUGACAGUAACAAAGAUUUAUCAAGUGAGUCAAGCGAUUUGACAGAUGAUCUCAGUGUUUUCAAACUCGCCUCCCAAGAGUCUGGAAUUCCAUAUUUGAAAAUCAAUACAGAUGAUCAUCCAGAAGUUGUAGAGUUUAAGCAGUUGGCAGCAAGCAGUUUAAUAAAACGUUUAACAGAUGUGACUGAAAGGUUAUUUUAA